CACGCUGUCGCGGUUUUACCGAAUAUCUAGGGCAAAGGUAACGGGACCUCAGCCCAAUCUGAAUGGGUUGUUUGGCAGCUCAUGGUGCGUCGAUAUCGAGCAAUAACAGCAGUUUCUGUUCAGCAUCGGUAAUUGUCCCUUUCGAGCACCAAAUGGUAACUUUUUCUCUUUGGUGUUAGUUGCAUCUUACUUUGAGAUGAGACAAUGGACAACCAAACAUUUGAAUCCACGGCCGAGCGUACCUUUCAGUACCAGAAUACUCUGCCUCCUCUGCCCGUGCCUUCUCUGGAGGGCACUCUGAGCAAGUACUUGGACGCAGUGAAGCCGUUUGCUUCCGAGGAUGAAUUUCGCAACACGGCGGCCGUCGUGAAACGCUUUGGGGAGGGCCUGGGACGGCAUCUUCACCAAAGGCUUCUGGAGCGAGCCAAGAUCAAGCGCAAUUGGCUGGAGGAAUGGUGGUUGGACACAGCAUAUCUGGAGAGCCGCGUUUCGUCUCAGAUCUACGUGAACUUCGGUGGUCCUGGGCCCUACCUGGAGCAUUGCUGGCCCUCCUGUGAGGGCACCCAGUUGGAGAGGACCAGUGUGAUCGUGUGGCUCACGCUCCAGUACUGGGACCUCAUCCGCAAGGAGCGGCUGGCUGUCCAUAAAUCGGGGAACAAGCCCUUUGAUAUGGACCAGUUCCGUAUGCUUUUCUGCACAUGCAAAGUGCCUGGAGUCACCAAGGACACCAUCCUCAACUACUUUAAGACAGAGAGUGAGGGACCUUGUCCUUCUCAUAUUGUGGUGAUGCGCCGUGGGAGAGUCUUCACGUUUGAUGUACUUUGUGACGGGUGCAUUCUCACGCCUCCUGAGUUACUGAGGCAGCUCACCUACAUUAACGAGAACUGCGAUGCAGAGGUGGAGGGUGAGGAUGUGGGAGCCCUGACCACUGAGGAGAGGACUCGCUGGGCUAAGGCUCGGGAGCACCUGAUCUCCAUCGAUCCUGUAAAUAAAACUAUACUGGAGACCAUCCAGAGCUCUCUGUUUAUUAUUUCACUGGAUGAUGCAAGACCGUAUUCAACCCCUGAGAACUACACAGAGAUGACUUUGUUGUCUCUAACUGGAGACCCUACUAUCCGCUGGGGUGACAAAUCCUACAACACCAUCAGCUUCGCUAAUGGAACCUUUGUCUCCAACUGCGAUCAUGCACCCUACGACGCCAUGGUCCUUGUGUCUCUCUGCUACUAUAUGGACCAAAAACUGAAAGCAAAUGGUGGAAAAUGGAAGGGUUUGGAGACGGUCCGUGCUCUGCCCCUUCCAGAAGAGCUACUAUUCACUGUGGAUGACCGAAUCAGGAAAGAUAUCGCACUUGCUAAAGAGCAGUACAGCAAAACGACGCAGGACCUGCAGGUUGUCUGCCGUGCCUUCACUGCCUUUGGGAAAGCGGCGAUCAAGAAGAGGAAGCUCCACCCUGACACAUUUGUGCAGCUCGCCAUGCAGUUGGCGUACUUCAGACAGCACGCCAGGCCCGGCAGCUGUUAUGAGACUGCAGCCACACGCCGUUUCUACCACGGCCGCACCGAGACCAUGAGACCCUGCACGACCGAAGCACAGCGCUGGUGCCAGCUCAUGCUGGACCCCACAGCCAGCGCUGAUGAGAAGAGACGAGCACUGUUUGCAGCCUCCAGCACACACAACAAGCUGAUGAACGAAGCCCAGAACGGGAAAGGCUUUGACAGACACCUUUUGGGCCUUUACCUGAUCGCUAAGGAGGAGGGACUUCCUGUUCCUGAGCUUUAUUCUGACCCUCUCUAUGCUAAGAGUGGAGGAGGUGGGAAUUUUGUCAUUUCCUCCAGCCUUGUUGGCUACACAACCAUCCUGGGAGCUGUCGCUCCAAUGGUGCACCAUGGUUACGGCUUCUUCUACCGUAUCCGUGACAACAGGAUCGUCAUUUCCUGUACGGCUUGGAAGUCCAGUCCAGAGACGGAUGCAGAGACGCUUUUCCAGAACUUGUGUACCUCCUUCCAUGACAUCAUGCAGGUCACAGUUCACUCCCAGUUAUAGAUCAAAGCUUUCUGGGAAAUCAAGCCCUUUUUUUGUAUUGGCUAGAGAGCAGAAAGGUUUUCACAUUUUCAUCAACUAUCAAUUUAGUGGCAUGUGGAUGAACUAGCACAGACGGACACGUCUUCAUUUAUAGUUGCAUUAAUACUUCAGCUAGUCUGCAAAGGAGCUUCAUGAUUUUAUUGCAAAUUGGUCAACCAUCUGAACAUCUUUUCCUUUGACUUAAGAAACUUGUUCAAGGAAAACUGUUGAGAUUUCCUCCAAUUGUGAUUAAUUGCAUCAGUAACAUGUAGUACUAUGAGUGAGCGCUAAUGGAGUUUGAUAUGCCUUCAGUUUAAAUCAGGAAAGCUGUUCUGAAAUUAACCUUUGCACCUGGGCAUUAACGGUACUUCUGUCCAUUUGAGAUCGGAAGUGAGUGGAGAUUUAAUGCCAAGUUGUCAAGUACUACAUACCAGCAAUCUGUAAUGAGAGCAGAGAGGUAUAUGGAAAGGAUGUUAUAAUAUCAGUUGGGCUUAACUCCAGCAGUAGCUAUACUGAACAACCAAAUUGAUGAGAAUUGGGUCUGUGAUUGGCCGUAAUUUAAUUCAAUUUUAAUAUGAAACCAUUGAGGAUUUGGCUGAAAAAUCAUUUUUCCACAGAAGUGAUUUCAAGUAGUGAAUUGGAUGGUAUUUGCCCCAACAGUGUUUUCAAAUUUGGAGUAAUUGCCUACCAAAUUUGGAAUGGGGGUGUUUUUGGAUUCUAGCUUUGAUUUCCUUGCACAGCAAGGGGAUGCAGGGUGAGUGUAGUGAGUUUCCACCAUGUCCAUCUUGUUACUUACUAGCUUCAGUGAACCAGGUGAUGUGAGAAGGAAACACAACUUUCUUCCUUUGCACGUGACGUGCGGCAAACUCACAUGAUCGUGAAAAACCAGCCAAUCUGGGCUCUGCAUAACCAAGGAUGAGACCAUGCAUAUGCAAUGCUCAAACGGCUCACCAGCCACGUUGUGCUCUUAACUGCAGCUGUUCAUCCAUAGUGGCUCAGGAUAGCUUAACAUGGGCUCUGUUGGAGCUGGUGUAGAGUAGGUAAGCGAUUUCAAAAAUCGAAGUGCACUAAAAAUCUGUUUUCAAUGUCUAUCUUGCAAAAACCAACUUUUCCAUUCAUGCAAAAAUCAAUGCAAAAAACGCAAACAAUGCAUCAUAUGUGAGCUUUUUAAAAUGUUCUUCUUCACUGUUAAUGUGCUGUUAGUUUGAAAUAUAUACUUUAAUUCGCAACACAAUUUACCAGCAAAGCUGCACUAAAUGAUUGCAAUUUCUUUUCAAUAUAUUUUUUUGUGUGUGUGUGUGUGUGUGUGUGUGUGUGUGUGUGUGUGUGUGUGUGUGUGUGUGUGUGU